UCCCACCUCCACUCGCUCUUUCCAGCUCACUUCCUCUCUCAUCUUCCACUGCUUGCUCGAGCUUCUCGUCUGGCUCUACCCAAUUCCAACACCGCCACCUAUAGAUACUGCCACUCUCGCCGGCCAGCUGUCACCAUUUUAGAGCAUUCGAGCUAGCUGUGCAGUGAGAAAUUGCCAGCGUAUGACAUGGCGCUUUGGCUGGCCAGAGCGUCCAAGCUGGCGCGCCGUGCCGCGAGAAGGCUCCCUCCGCUCCCGUCUAGCCACGGGGAUACCACUCCAUGCUUCUUGGGCUCACCUCCGCCGGAUCUUGGACCGCCAGCGGCGGCGGAGUUCAGCCGUGGGUUCUGCUCCGUCCGGCGCUUCGCCGGUGAGAGCACCAGCAUCGUGGAGAAACCGGAGAACGGGUUCGCCGGCGACGAUCAGGUACUAGACUUCCCUGGUGGGAAGGUUUCAUUUGUUGCUGAAAUGAACUUCCUUCCAGAGUCGCAAAGGGAAAGGGUCAACUGUUAUCGCGUUCUUGAUGAUGACGGAAGAACUAUAUCUGGCAGUAGAUUCCGAGAGGUCAGUAAGGAGGUGGCUCUGAAAAUGUACAGCGACAUGGUUACCCUCCAGAUUAUGGAUACCAUCUUCUAUGAAGCACAGAGGCAGGGUAGAAUCUCCUUUUAUCUCACUUCCAAUGGUGAGGAAGCGAUCAACAUCGCCUCUGCUGCUGCACUUACUAUCGAUGACAUUGUGCUGCCUCAGUACAGGGAACCUGGUGUUCUUCUAUGGCGCGGCUUCACACUGCAAGAGUUUGCAAACCAGUGCUUCGGGAACAAGCUGGAUUAUGGUAAAGGGAGGCAAAUGCCAAUUCACUACGGAUCGAGACGUUUGAAUUAUUUCACGGUCUCAUCGCCUAUUGCUACGCAGCUCCCUCAUGCUGUUGGAGCUGCCUACUCUCUGAAGAUGGACAAAAAGAACGCAUGUGCCGUCACAUAUAUCGGCGAUGGCGGCACAAGUGAGAUGAAAAAUGUUCAGGGAGACUUCCAUGCGGCACUGAAUUUUGCAGCUGUUAUGGAAGCACCGGUGAUCUUCUUCUGCCGCAACAAUGGCUGGGCAAUCAGCACCCCAACUACUGAACAAUUCAGAAGUGAUGGAGUGGUUAUCCGUGGUCAGGCUUAUGGGAUCCGCGGUAUCAGAGUAGAUGGCAAUGAUGCUCUUGCUGUGUACAGCGCAGUCCAUGCUGCCCGGGAAAUGGCUAUAACUGAAGGAAGACCAAUCUUAGUCGAGGCACUGACUUAUCGAGUUGGCCAUCACUCGACAUCCGAUGAUUCAACCAAGUACAGGCCGGUUGAUGAGAUCGAGCAUUGGCGCACAUCAAGGGAUCCCAUUUCCAAAUACAGAAAAUGGGUUCAGGGGAAUGACUGGUGGUCUGAUGCUGAAGAAUCUGAACUCAGGAGCAGAGUGAGACAAGAGCUUCUUCAAGCCAUUCAGGUAGCAGAAAGAACGCCCAAACCACCGGUUGCUGAGCUAUUCACUGAUGUUUAUGAUCAAAUUCCUUCCAACCUACGCGAACAAGAGCAAUCGCUGCGGGAUACAAUCAUGAAACACCCUGCUGACUACCCAAUUGAUGUGCCUGUUUAGUUUUCUUGGCCUUAGAUAUGCGAUGUCGUUGUGUAAGUAUUGAUGAUUCAGGUACAUAGCACUAAUAAACAAUAAUAGUGAUUCAGCCAAUAAACUGCUGAUCCAACAGGCUCUAAAAUAAUAAUGCAGUCGGCUGAUGUUCACAGCAACCUGAUAGAUGUACUAUACUGUUGCUGAUAUUUAUGGGGAAUAAUGCCAUACUGAGAUAUUUCAACGGCAGCACAACAUGC